CAACAACAACAACAAAGAAAUAUAAUUUUCGCUUUGCUGCCGAAUUGCUCAAAUUUGAUAAAAUUCAAUUCAUUAAAACGGAGGGUCUAACAUUUGCAUUGCUGGCGGGCCCCAUGGGCCAAGCGGCAAGUAUGUGUCGAUUUCGUGGUUGUCGCUACAAAAAUAAGAAUAAGAAUAGCAACAAGCAGCAACAACAACAACAACAACAACAAACACCUUUACCCAGUCCCCAAUUGCAACAUCAGUCGGAAGCGGCAGCAACAGGCCUGCAUUUGCGGAGCAUUGAGGAGCCCCCAACGACGCCGUUGCAGCUGGGGAGCAGCGGUCGAAUGAAUGCGGAGCAGGGGGGCACAGGGUACGGCUAUGGCGAGCAUUCGCUUCUCCUUGCCACACGCACCGGUGUCCCCCUGCCACCAGCCUCACACCAGCUAUCACCCGCCCACCAUUACCAGCCGCUGAGCAGCAAUCAGAAUAAUAUUGGAUCCGGAUCUGGAUCAGGAUCAGGAUCGGCUGCUGCAGCUCCCAACUCCUCCGCCUACCCACAGCUGCAGCUGUAUGCCACACAGCAACCGAUGCAGCAGCAGCAGCAGCAACAGCAGUUGCAACAUCAGCAUCAGUCCUACCAGCAUCACUAUCACCAUCAGUCGUCGUCAUCGUCGCCACAGCACAUCAGACCCCCAUACGAUCCGGAGCAUGCGCGAAUGGAGGCCUGGCUGGAUGAGAAUCAGGAAUUUGUACAGGAUUAUUUUAUAAGAAAAGCUACACGUCAAACGGUGGAUGCCUGGCUGGUCUCGCAUGCCACCACAGCGGGCAAUGAUGUGGUCUCCAGCAGCUCCCCCACACAUCCCAAUGGACAGACGAGCUCCUCGCGUGGCGGCUCCGGCGCCACCACACCAGUGCGGAAAAUCUCUGCUCAUGAAUUUGAGCGCGGGGGUCUGCUCAAGCCGAUUGUGAAUACCAUCGAUGGGACACCGACAUUCUUGAGCAUUGGCCCGCCGCUGGAUAACGGGGGUGUGGGCGGCUCCUGUUCGAAUCUGCAGAAUGUGGGUGGGGUUGUGGCGGGACAGUAUCAGUAUCACAGCCACCACCAUUCGCACCACCAUCAUCCGCAUCUGCACCACAGCCAGCACAGCCACUACCAGGCCGGUGGGGCAGUGGGCAGCAGCAGUCUGGGCAGCAUCAGUAGUGCGGCAGCAGGAGCAGCAACUGGCGGCGGUGUCUCACCAGGCAGUGGCGGUGCUGGUGGAUCCUCAUCCGCGGGCAGUGGAAAUUCACAUCAAUACCAGUUCUAUCAUUGCAUCCAGCGACCGCAGCGGCUCUCCCGCAAUGAACUCAAGCAGCUCGAUGAAAAGGAAAUCAUUUUUGAGCUGGUAAAGGACAUUUGCAAUGAACUGGAAGUGCGCACGCUGUGCCACAAGAUACUUCAGAAUGUCUCCAUUUUGCUGAAUGCGGAUCGCGGGUCAUUGUUUCUGGUGCAGGGACGCUGCAAUGGACCCGACGGACUCAAGAAAUGCCUCGUCUCGAAGCUGUUCGAUGUGUGCCCCCGCAGCACCGUGGAGGAGAUGGAACAGCAGGAGGAAGUCCGUGUGGCCUGGGGCACGGGCAUUGCUGGUCAUGUGGCCGAGAGCGGGGAACCUGUCAAUAUACCAGAUGCUUACCAGGAUGAGCGGUUCAAUUGUGAAAUCGAUUCGUUGACCGGCUACCGGACAAAGGCACUGCUGUGCAUGCCCAUCAAGGAUUCCUCGGGGGAUGUGAUUGGCGUUGCUCAGGUCAUCAACAAAGUGAAUGGCGAGUGCUUCUCCGAAAUCGAUGAAAAGGUCUUUGCCUCGUAUCUGCAAUUCUGUGGCAUCGGACUGCGUAAUGCGCAACUGUACGAGAAAUCUCAAUUGGAAAUCAAGCGGAAUCAAGUGCUGCUGGAUCUGGCACGCAUGAUCUUCGAGGAGCAGAGCACCAUCGAGCACAUGGUCUUCCGCAUUCUCACCCACAUGCAGAGUCUCAUCCAGUGCCAGCGCGUCCAGAUACUCCUCGUCCACGAGGCGGACAAGGGCAGCUUCUCGCGGGUCUUUGACUUUGAGGCGAACGACCUCAGCGAGGAGGAGGCCACCUCACGCACCAGCCCCUACGAGUCGCGUUUCCCCAUCAACAUUGGCAUCACGGGACAUGUGGCCACCACCGGCGAGACUGUGAUGGUGCCCAAUGCCUACGAGGAUGAUCGCUUCGAUUCGAGUGUCGAUGAGAACUCCAGCUUCAAGCAUCGAUCGAUCCUUUGCAUGGCCAUCAAGAACUCUUUGGGACAGAUCAUAGGAGUGAUUCAGUUGAUCAAUAAAUUUAAUGAACUGGACUUUACCAAAAACGAUGAGAACUUUGUGGAGGCUUUCGCCAUCUUCUGUGGCAUGGGCAUACACAAUACGCACAUGUACGAGAAGGCCAUUGUGGCCAUGGCCAAGCAGAGUGUCACCCUGGAGGUGCUCAGCUAUCAUGCCUCGGCCACCAUGGAUGAGGCCCAUCGCUUGCGUCGCCUGCGUGUACCCUCGGCCGUACACUUCCGUCUACACGACUUUAAGUUCGAUGACAUACACUUUGAGGAUGAUGAUACACUGAAGGCCUGUUUGCGCAUGUUUCUGGAUCUCGAUUUUGUGGAGCGUUUUCAUAUUGACUACGAAGUGCUGUGCCGUUGGCUAUUGAGCGUCAAGAAGAACUAUCGCAACGUUACGUACCACAAUUGGCGGCAUGCCUUCAAUGUGGCACAAAUGAUGUUUGCCAUUCUGACGACCACACAAUGGUGGAAGAUCUUUGGUGAAAUUGAAUGUUUGGCUCUCAUUAUUGGCUGCCUGUGCCAUGAUCUCGAUCACCGAGGGACUAACAACUCAUUUCAAAUAAAAGCCUCUUCGCCUUUGGCGCAACUGUACUCCACAUCCACCAUGGAGCAUCAUCACUUUGAUCAGUGUCUGAUGAUUUUGAAUAGUCCUGGCAAUCAAAUACUGGCCAAUCUCUCCUCCGAUGAUUAUUGCCGGGUUAUACGUGUGCUGGAAGAUGCAAUUCUCUCCACUGACUUGGCUGUGUAUUUCAAAAAACGUGGACCGUUCUUGCAGAGUGUGGAGCAGCCAUUGAGCCAUUGGGUGGGCGAGGAGCCGCGUGCUUUGCUGCGGGCCAUGAGCAUGACUGUCUGUGAUUUGUCGGCCAUCACGAAGCCGUGGGAGAUUGAGAAGCGUGUGGCCGAUUUGGUUAGCUCCGAGUUCUUUGAGCAGGGCGAUAUGGAGAAGCAGGAGCUCAAUAUAACUCCAAUUGACAUCAUGAAUCGCGAAAAGGAGGAUGAGUUGCCCAUGAUGCAAGUGAACUUUAUUGAUUCCAUUUGCAUGCCCAUCUAUGAGGCCUUUGCCACACUCUCUGACAAGCUGGAACCUCUUGUGGAGGGCGUGCGCGAUAAUCGCGGUCAUUGGAUCGAUAUGGCCGAUGGAAACAAAACUAGUCAGGAGGAGCAGCAGCAGCAGGAGCAGAAGGAGCAGCAAAUUGUGAUAUCGAAUGGUGACUGCAAGGCGUUGAUGAGUGAAGAUGAUGAUGUGGCACAAGCUACUACUGAUGCUGAUGCUGAAGCAGACCAAAGCGUAAAUGGCACACACACAGCAGCAGCCAACAGCGGCAACACAACUAUUAACCACAUUGCCGUCGUUGCUUCUCAUCCCACCAGCACCCAGCCCAGUGAUGAUGAUGAUGAUGAUGCUGAUAAUGAUGUGGUUGCUGCCGCACCAGAGGAGCACGAGCAGGAGAGGAGCAAUACAGAGAACGGUCAUGCCGAUGCCGAUGGCGAAUUGGAGUCGAACAGCAGCUGCCUGUCGUCGGCCACCUCGUCGACAGCCUCCAGUCGUGCGUCCACACCGCCGCCCACUGGCGAAGAUGACAGCACACCCGUCUCGCCAUCGAAGACGCUGCAGGCCCGCCUCGUGGCGGCCAAUCUGAAUGCGUUGCAACGUCAGUGCCAUGCCGCACAGAAGCCGCGCUGCAGGAGCUGCGACCAGUCGCAGCGCAGCGGCCUGCAGGUGCGCAAGACAAGCUCCCUGAAGGGUCCACAGGAUCUGGUGACCAGGAAUGGCACGGCUGCUCUUUGCAAGAGCACACCCAUGAUUAACAACCAUCAUCAUCAUCAUUAUCAUGGUCACAGUCAGAGUCACAGUCAUAGCCACAGUCAUGCUGGUCAUCAUCAUCAUCAUCAUCACUCGCAUCAGUCGCAUCAGAAUCACCAUCCCAUUAUUGGUGGGGGCAUUGGCACUGCCAGCAUCGGUGGCAGUGGCCUGAUCAGUCUCAAUGCCUCAACGGAAAGUGAUAGGAUACCAAAAAUUGUGGGCAAAAUUGGAAAUCUCGAUGGUCUGCCCUUUGGCAAUGGCAAUGGCAAUGGAAAUGGCAUGGGAGGCACACCGAAUGGUCAUGGAAUGCCGUACGGCAGCUAUCAAAAUCAUCAGCAUCAUCAUCAUCAUCAUCUACUGGCGCGUCGUCAUUCGGAGACAAACAGCAAUGGGGGAGCCACCGCCUUGGCAGCUGACAAAUAAAUGAAAAAUGAAAAUACAUCCCAAUAAAUAAUCUUCAAUAUGUACAUACAUAAUUCUAUGCACCAUCAUUUACACUUUACAAUUCUCUCUCUCUCUCUCGCUCGCUCUCAUCUUGUAUAUAAAACAUUUUCUAUUGAGCAACAGUAUCGCAGUGCAGUAGGGGAAUAUAAUGAAAGAAAACAUUACCAUAAGCAUAGCCUACAUACAAACCUAAAAACUAAAUAGAAAAACAAACAGAAAACGAAAAAAGAUUCCUAUAUCCAUAUAUGUGUGUGUAUAUUUUUUGAUCUAUGUGUGUGUUUGUGUAUCUUCAAUUUUAGUCUAUACGAUAAAUCAUAAAUGAUAAAAUGAUAAAGCAAAGAAGUCAAAUUCUCUAGAUAUUUAAGCACAAAACAAAACAACAAAAAUUGUACCAAAAAAGGCAGAGUAGUAGAUUCUAACAUGUGAAUAAUGUCCUGUCCGUUGGCUUUGUGCGGGUACUCGUACUUUAUAGAGCAUAAAGCCUACCUAAAGCAUGGCAAAAGGAAAGAAAAAAGUAUUGUAAUAUCCCCCAUAUACAUAUGAUAUAAUAUAUAUAUUAUAUAUGAUAUAUACUAUGAUAUGAUAAUGUAAACGUAAACGUUAGUUGAAUUAUCUCUAUGGGUACCAAAAGUCUAACUUUAGUAGCAUUAACCAACCAACAAACCAACCGCCGCUUAGUCGAUGAUAAAACGAUUUACGAUAAACGUGCGUUCAGUUUAUAAUCAACCUCUCCGGACGGACACACACACAGAGAACACUGAAGAUUACCAGAAGAAUGAAAACAAAUACCAGAAAACAAAACACUAAGCGCUUUGAUUUUCCCCCCUCUCUGCGCUCUUUUCGAAUUUAAAUAAUUAUAAUGUUACGCGAUAAUAAGAUAUAUAUGUAUUUAUGUACUCGAUGGCCUACUAUGCCACCGCCACAACAUCGUUUGAGCAACUAAACCUAACCCUAACACUAACCAGCACGUCUAACGUUCUGUGUGCGCGUUACUCGGGCUAAUUGCCAUUAAAUAUUUGUGCAGAGCAGUGCAGAGGCAGAUCUACGAGUAUAUAAAAUAUAGAAUACAUAUAUGUACGAGUAUAAUCCUUUAUUUAGACUUAAUUGUACUUUGUGAGUUUUGUUAUUUAUUGUCGGCAUUAUAGAGAAUCCUUCUAUCAAAAAUACACAAAAUAUUUGCUGUAAUGGAACCCUGUUCAACAAGGCAAAACUAAAUAAAGCAACAAAAUAUCUAAACAUU